CAUGGUGGGGACUGGGGGUGAGGACGGGGAAUCCGAGACUUUCGAUUCUGCGCGAGCAGGGCAGGACCUUUGACCUUUCUCAAACACCUCGUCCUCACGCUGACAAGCAGGGCCCGCCAAAGUUUAGCCUUAUCCAAAGGUGCCAUUUUUUUUUCGAGGAUACACGCAAGAACGAGAACCAGUGCCACCUAGACUACAACUUUCAGCCCGUCUUGAACUUGUCAAAAGCGACACUCGUAUCGCAUGCAAGUACUCACAUGAUCAAAAUCUGGCCUCUGCACUAAUGAUCCAUAGAGAGUGAAAAAAACAGAAUUGUUUAUAGUGCCUUGUCAUCCACGUAGUGACCCGGAGUGGAGCACCGCUGGGCGCUGGCCUCACGAAAUGCUCAUACGACGCCUCCCCUUCUCGGCAGCGGCAGUGGCUUCCGAAUCUUACAAGGGCCGCAAUUUUUCUAGUCCAAAACUAGUCAGUGUCAGCCCUUUAUCCCAAUAAUUUAGGGCCAGAGAUAAACUAUUCGGUGUCUCAGAGUCUGGAAUGGAUCAUCGAGUGCGAUCAAGAGCAGCAGUGUGCAGCUUGCUCCGUCUUCCUCAGUGUCGCUGUGCUCAGUUGCUGGCUUGCUGCUUGCUUCCCUGCCUGCAAGCGUGAGCUCGUGGCCAUGUCUCUUCCUCCCCCUCUGAUGGCGAUGCUCCUGCUCGCCGUGGUGACGGCGCCCCGCGUUCUUGCCGCCGGGGAGGAAGGUGGCAUCGCCGCCCACCCGGCGUACGCGGAAGCCGCCGGGACCUGCGGCCCGGCCUCUGCCGCGCCGGCGCCGGCGGAGGCGCGGCGGCUGGAGGAGUACGACGGCGGGCGCAUCGUGGACAUCACGCACGCGUACCGGCCGGAGCUGCCGGCGGUCGGGCCGGACGGGCUGGGCCCCGUGGUGUUCCAGACCAUGUCCAUGGCCAACGGGUCCAUCUGCAACGUGUCGGAGCUCCGCAUGGUGGUGCACGCUGGCACCCACAUCGACACGCCGGGGCACAUGAUCCAGGAGCACUUCGAGGCCGGCCUCGACGCCGACAAGCUCGACCUCGCUGUCCUCAACGGACCUGCAUUACUGGUUGAUGUUCCGAGGAAUACAAAUAUAACAGCUGAAGCAAUGGAAUUCCUAAAGAUCCCAAAAGGAGUUCGCCGAGUUCUAUUCAGGACACUGAACACUGACAGGAAGCUGAUGUGGAAGAAAGAAGGUGACCUUAGUUAUGUUGGAUUUACAGAGGAUGGUGCCCAGUGGUUAGUUGACAACACUGACAUCAAGCUAGUUGGGGUUGACUAUCUCUCAGUUGCAUCAUUUGAUCACUUGAUCUCUGCCCAUGUCGUCUUUUUCAAAAAACCGGACAUAAUCCCAGUGGAAGGUCUGAAACUAGACGAUGUCCCGGUGGGAGUAUACAAUCUCCAUUGCUUACCUCUGAGGCUGGUUGGAGCCGAGGGUUCGCCAGUCAGAUGCAUCCUUAUCAAGUGAUCGCUCAUCGCUCCCUGGUGUUGCUGAAGGACAAACUGUAUCAUGCCACGUGAGAUGCUUCAUCCUGGCUUUUGGACUUUUGGUAUCUCGGUGCAUACUGAGCCGGAAAUGCUGCAGGCCAUGUAGACAUGUAGUUGUCUGGACAUUUCCAAAAGAAACAAUAAAAAAAGCAGCAGCAAUAUUUCCAUCGUGAUAAUGUGAAAGUAGGUCAUGGGUCGGUGGUGCAGGAACAGUUGGCUCAAAUUUUUCCACUUUUUUUUUUGUCAACAUGUAAUUUUGAACAGAAACCGAACGACGGACAUACUCCCGUUUGAGCUUA